GGUGCUCGCGUGUCUUUCAUCGCAUUGUUCUAAAUGGUCUUGAUUAAUUCAUUUCGAUGGUUAUUAAAUGCCUAUCCCGGUAAAAAAUACUUUGCCGAAUACCGCUUUCUACCGAUUUUCUUCUUAGGUGGGGCGGCUUUGGAGUACUUAAUGAUUCACUGGACUGUAGGGGAAACCAACUUCUACCGUACCUACAAAAAAAGACAAGUUGACGAGAUAAUAGAGUGCAAAGAAAAAGCAUCACUACUAGAGAGUGGCCUAGUACGCAUCAAAUUAAGAAAUCAGUGAAUAGCCAAGAUUGCAAUGCCUGCAGGUGUAUCCUGGCCAAGGUACAUAAGCUUCUUUGCCGUGUCGAUGCUCAGUGCAUACGCUGGAGCACAGCUGGUGCACAUUUAUUACAAACCUCUGGAUGACCUGGAUGAUAUGGUUCAAGAGGAAAUUGAAAGAAGAAGAAAGGCUGGUCUGUUGAAAUCCUCUGUAAUCUAGUCUAGGUGUUGAAGUUACAUAAUCUAGCGCAUGCCUCCAUGUCCGAUGAGUCAAGAGAGUGUUUAGCAGGCCACUAGAAAGAAUAUUUUGAUAUUUUAAAAAAUGAUAAAAAUGAAUGCAGAAAUUAUGUGACAUGCAGAGUUGUACGACAAAUAAAAUAUCAACUUUGAAUACA